AUGCGCUCCUUCGUCUCAGUAUCCGCUCUUUGCACCAUCCUAUUCGGCCUCGUUGCCGCUCAGACCUCGAAAAGCCCAAACACCUGUGAAGCUCAGAAUAUCCUCGAAGCUUGUCUGCAAUCGACCCAAGCCCUUCUCAAAACCUGCGUACCCAAUGACUGGCAAUGUCUCUGCACGCAGUACACCAAUGUCUUAACCUGCUACAACAACUGCCCCAACGACUCGGGCAGACACGGCACUGAGUCCUCCAAAAUUGCCAACUGCAACGCUGCCUCGCAAUUCGCGACGACACCCACUGCCACCCCCACCCAAUCUCCUACCUCCUCAGACUCCGGCGCUGAGCCUACAGGCUCAUCCAGCGCGUCGAGGACUGCAUCUGGCACCACAGCGCAGACUUCUUCAGCGACACAGACACCGAACGCGGCAGCGGCCGUUGGCGGUGUGAGUAUGGGAAUGGGAGGCAUUGCUGGGCUUCUGGUUGCUGGCAUUGGGUAUAUGGUGUAG